CCCUCACUCACUAUCUCCUAGUCUGUCUACCUCCAUCUCUCCCCUCUCUCACUUCCUCUCGUUCCAAAACACUCCACAUUUCGUUACAGCAACACUUUUCCAAACCAGACGUCUUCUAACCAUGGCUGUGAUGCAUCGUCUUCGGGAAAUCAGCGGAGAGAUACUGAAGAAACUUCCCAGCAGUCGUGAAGAUGCUAUUGCCGUCUACGUACCGACUUUUGGUGCCAUCAGCUACAGUGUCUUUGCCCUCAACAUUAUGGAACACGCUAGAUUUAAAAGACUUUUUGCCCCAAACGAGCUUUUGGUAGCCAACACCCUGUGGCUAAACGCUCACCUUGGCAUCGGAUUCUUCAUCUACAGCCGGCGACACCUGUCAGACAGUCCUGUCUACAAGCGAAUCAUCUACAGUGCCUUCGGAACGAUAGCGUUCAAUUUUGGAUCGGUGUUGCUGUGGGCGUCGCUCAAGUCCCUUCUACCAAACAGCACUGGGCUCCGUGUCCUUUUCGGUCUUUUGUCAAGCUGGGGCCUUCUGUACGUCGGUAAGGACUACCUCGACCACGUAGACACGCACGUGCCCUCAAUUCCGGUUGAUUCUGUCACCACGCUUGAGGAGUAGUGAUUUCGGAAAGCUAGAGAGGAGUUGUAGUGAGAGAGAGAGAGAGGAGAGAGAAUGAGUGUAUGUGUGAGAGAGCGAAAGAGAGAGAGAGACAGAUGGAGGAGAGGAGGAGUAUUAGAGAGUGUGUGCAAGAGGCAGAGAAAAGGAAGAGUGUGUGAAAAAGAGAUAGAGAGAGAGAGAGAGAGAUGAUAUAUGAGAGAGUGUGUGAGAGUGUGACAGACAAGAUUGAGUUUGUUGACACUAGAUGGCAGCAGUAACAUUUAAAAAACACAAGAAGAA